AUGGGAGGUUUGGGGAAAACCACUCUGGUUAAGAAGGUGUAUGAUGAUUUUGUUUUGAAGAAACAAUUCCAGAACCACGCAUGGAUUACGGUUUCUCAGUCAUUCGAGGUGGAGGAGCUACUGAAAGACACAAUUCAGCAACUGUUUGAACAGAUGAAGCGAACUCCUGAAAAUUUGAGCACCAUGAAUGGUAAUAGGCUAAAAGCAAUAAUGAAAGAUUUCUUGCGCCGAAGAAGGUAUGUGCUAGUGUUUGAUGAUGUUUGGAGUUUUUCAGCAUGGGAAGCUAUCAGACACGCCUUACCUAAUGAGAAUAAUGGGAGUCGUGUCAUCCUAACAACACGGGUCAUGGAUGUGGCUCUUUCUUGUAGCAAACAAACUGAUGGCUAUGUGUCCAUCGUUGCUAUUAGUGGGGUGCUGUCUACAAAAAAGGAGAUUAAUGUUGAUGAAUGGAAGAUGCUCAAUUGCAGCCUUGGCUCCGAACUAGAAGUUAAUGAUAAACUUGAGAGUGUGAAAAUCAUUCUGUCACUCAGUUACAAUUAUCUGCCGUAUUACCUCAAACCAUGUUUUUUAUACUUGGGCAAUUAUCCGGAGGAUCAUGAGAUUGAACACAAUACACUAGUUCGACAGUGGAUAGGAGAAGGUUUUGUGAAACAAAAAGUGGGAAGAUCAGUGGAAGAAGUUGCACAAGGGUACCUCAAUGAGCUCGUCAACAGAAGCUUGCUUACUCCGGCAACAACCAAUGAUGAUGGAAGCAUCAAGACGAGCCGUAUCCAUGAAUUUUACCGGGAGAUUAUUCUUUCAAAAUCAAGAGAUCAGAAUUUCAUAACAAGCAACAAUGAGCAGAACAUGAUAUGGCUGAGAAGAGUUAGACGUCUAUCAGUCAAUGGGAGCUUCAGAGAUUCAGAUGUCAACCGAUAUGGUGCCGGACUCUGUUCCUUUCUGACUUUUAACGUGGAAGAUCCCCAAUCCAUUUUGAGCAUUCUCCAGUUGCUUAAAAGCUGUAGAGUGCUGAAGGUUUUAGAUUUGAGGGGUGUUCCUCUGGAGAAAUUCCCAAAGGUUGUUCUUGAACUGUUCCAUUUAAGGUAUCUAAGCUUGAGAGGCACCAUGAUCAACAAAAUUCCAAGAUCUAUUAAGAAGCUCGAGAAGUUAGAGAUAUUGGAUCUUAAGGAGACAUACAUCAAUGAGUUACCAAUUGAGAUUCUAAAACUCCAAUAUCUUCGGCAACUUUUAGCAUAUCGACAUGUACCAGGCCCAUAUCUACCUUACAAUUAUGUACAUGGUUUCAAAGUAUUCAAAGGAAUGGGCAGCUUGAAAUUCUUGCAAAAACUUGGCAUUGUUGAUGCAUGUUCAGGAAGUGUAUCACUUGAAGAGAUAUCCAUGAUGAGUGAACUCAGGAGAGUUAGCAUUACAAAGUUGAGAACCGAAGAUGGAGUAGCUCUGUGUUUGUGCGUUGAGAAGCUCCAAAAGCUGUGCUCAUUAGGUCUAAGAUCAAUAGAGGGAGAUGUCCUUGAUCUUAGUUACCUGUCUUCUCCUCCUCUUUCCCUUCAACGGCUAUAUUUGACAGGGCGUUUGGCAAACUUUCCGAAAUGGAUACAAUCUCUUCCGAGCCGUGUUAAAGUAUACCUCAGAUGGAGUCAACUUAGGGAAGAUCCCCUUGAAUAUCUCCAAGAUAUGCCUAAUCUAGUCCAUAUUGAAUUUCUCGCAAACUACGUUGGGGAGAAACUGUGUUUCAAGGCUGGAAAGUUUCGGAAGCUGAAAUUACUAGGCCUUGACAAAUUAGAAACCUUGAGGCAGGUGAUCAUUGAGGAGGGAGCCAUGCCUCAUCUGGAGAAGCUUAUCAUUCAGAGAUGUAACUCGUUGGAGGGUGUGCCCGAAGGGAUCGAGCAUCUCUCUGAGCUAAAAGUUCUUGAAUUUUUCGACAUGCCAGAUGAAUUUAUUGUGCCAAUCUCUUCAGAUUACCGGAAAAUUGCACAUAUUCCAGAAGUACAUCACACGUACUGGAGGAAUGGUUGCUGGGAAGUUUAUCCAUUAGAUGAAAAGCAGGAAAUUGGGAAAUCUGAACAGCCUAGAGCUGCCAUUGUCAGAACUCAAGAACAACGGAACUGGCUGUAA